AACAAAGCUGCGGGUGAAUCAGACACAAUUAAGAUAAAUCAUCUCAAGAAUCGUAGAAAGCAGCUUAGGUUUGCUAAGUCCCCAAUUCACGCGUGGGGGCUAUUUGCAGAAGAGCCUAUUGAUGCCAAUGAUAUUGUCAUCGAAUAUGUUGGGGAGGUUAUUCGGCAUCAAGUGGCUGAAAAACGUGAAAAAGAGUAUGAACGUACUGGAAUUGGCAGCAGUUAUCUUUUCCGCGUAGACAAUGACCGAGUAAUUGAUGCUACCAAAAGAGGAAACGUGGCUAGAUUUAUUAAUCACUGCUGUGCUCCUAACUGUGUCGCCAAGAUUGUUACAAUCGACAAACAGAAGCGAAUUGUUAUUUAUUCUAGCCGGGAUAUUGUUCCCGGUGAAGAGAUUACCUAUGACUACAAGUUUCCCAUAGAACAAGAAAAGAUACCCUGUCAUUGUGGAAGCAAAUUUUGCAAGGGGAGGUGUGUCAAGCUGCUGAAUUCCCGAGAGAUAUUAUAUUAA